AUGGGGUGGAGGAGUCAAGCGGUCUCCGCAACCCGUUCGGCUGCAAUGUCACCGAGGGCAUCGAAGGCGUGGAAAGGGUCGAGGCCGACAGUUGAGGAGAGCCGAAUGUACGGGACUGGUACAGACAAACGGCUAGUCACAGAAAGGAAAGAAGAGACCACCUCUUCUUUCUCCUCCUCUUCUUCUUUUUCUUCUUGCGUCGCUUCAACCACUGUCUCCAACGCUCAGCUGCGGCCAGCGACGGCGCCGCUUGUACUCGCAACUUUCGGCCUCGAGCUCGAGGUCGAAGGAUUGACGCAGAAUGGAGGACGAGUGGACGGGUCCUGCACUCUGCGAGCCUUGCAGCGGGGCCUCGAGCCGUGA